AUGGUCAGGAGCAAGACGGUGGCCGAGUUUGUGGCGGCUGACGAGCUCCGGGUCGGCUACGAGGAGGCGGCGUGGCGUGUGGCGGCGACGACCGAGGCGGUGGCUGGACGAUGGGACGAGCAGGAACGGCGGGCGAAUGGCGCUGGGAUCGCGUGGGGGCAUGUGGCGCUUGUGGAUGGCCGAUCGGGUCGCCUCAUCCAUGCCCUCAGCACAAGCGAGGGCUCAGGGCGGUGGAUGACGGCGGUUGCUGUCUCGGACGAUCUGGUGGCGGGCGGGGGCUCGGACGGUGUUGUCCAUGUCUGGCGGCAUGGAGAGGGCGACGAUGGCGAAGACACACGCUUCCUCGCUCUCAUGCCCGCCCACACCGGAUGGGUCCAUGCCGCUGCGUGGCGGGGCGAGGUACUGGCGACAGGCGGCGGCGAUGGCGUGGUCAAGGUCUGGGAUGUGGCCAGCGGGACGCUGGAGGUGGCCGGAGGUUGUGCACGACUCGAGGCGGGGUACAUCCUGCGGACUACGUGGGCGGACGGCAGCGCCGACGGCUCGGUGGUGUGUGCCGUGGGAGGGAGCGGCGGGGCGCAGAUUGCACUGUGGGAUCCGCGCGCGAACGCCGAGAGCUGGCUCGCGCUCGGCAGCAUAGUCAACGCCCAUGAUGGCGCCCUGGCGGUGACUGCGGUGUGCGCCGAGGGAAAUGUGCUCGUAGCCGGCGACGCCGAUGGGCGGGUGGCGGUGUGGGACGUGCGGAGCGGCGGGACGGCAGUGGCGUCGGCGCGUGGCCAUGGCGGCGCAGUGUCGGGCGUGUGCUGGGACAGCGGUGCGAGCGACGACGCAAACGUCGUCUCAUGCUCAGUCGAUGGGAGCGUCAAGGUGUGGGCGAGCGGGCUGAGCGGAGCAGCGCGGUCGUACUCGCUGGGACAGGGCUCGGUCGUGGCCGUCGCAUACGACGACGGAUACGACGUCCUCCGUGCUGCGGCGAUUGGAUGCGCCGGCGCCGGUGCUGUGGUCUCGCUCGACAGCUCGCGGCAGACGCAACUGUCCAAGGCGCUGCGGGCGCUGAUCGAGGAGGAGGAGUCGCUGAUGGCAGCGGUAACCGACCUGGUGACGCGGAAGAGGAUGAUACAGCAGUUGACGCGGCAGUUUGUGGCCGAGUGCGGGAAGAAGCUCGGGCGGCGCGACGAGUUCUUUGUGGAGCUGCUCGACUCGCUCGGCUCGCUGGUAGAGGAAGAGUGUGUACUGGAAGAGCAGGUGGGGCAGAGCCAUCGAGUGGGCUCGAUGAUUCUCUCGGACCUGCUGCAGCUUGUCGAGGGCUUUGAGGCCAAGCGGAUGGAGAUCGACGAACUGCAGCGGUCACUGGAUGCGUUUGACGCCGAGACACGGCGGAUGCAGGGAACGCCAGCCGAGUUUGAUGUGAAUGUCCAGCAGACGGUGCGGCUCAAGCGGGCGUCGCUUGUGCAGCGGCUCGAGCGGCAGCGUGGCGAGUUGCAAAUGGCUGCCGAGUCGCUCUACUCCUCGCUCACCAUUUUGCUGAAGCGCGAUUUGUUUGUGGUGACUGACACGCGGACACGCGCGCUGCAAGACUCGAUCAACGCACUCGAGCAGCAGAUGCUCAUCAUCGGCGACAUGCCCGGCGAGACGUCUGUCGAUAUUCAAAGCCACGUUCGCGAGCUCAUCACGCGCUACGCGCUGCAGCACUCGUCGACACCGUUUGACCUCAUGACCGACUACGGCGUGACGUCGGACGCUGGCGUCUCUGUCUCUUUUGCAGGAUCGGGCGUGUUUGGCUCGUUCCGCUCGGCCAUGUCAUCGGGCCCGCAGACGCGGAACACCUCUUCACAGCGCUCGCGGUCUGGGCUGACCUCGUCCUCGCGGGCGUACAACCUCGGCGUUCGCCCGAAAUUCCGCAUCUCGGCCCAUGGCCGGUCGCGAUCGGGCAGCUCGCAGUCGCAAUCGCCGUCGUCGUCGUCAUCAUCGUCGUCGUCGAGCUCGAUAACAAGCUCGCGGAGAUCGCGGUCGUCGUCUGUGACGCGGUCGCGGAGCUCCCGUAGCUCGCACACGCCGUCGCAGUCAGGCGCAACUUCGCACUCCAAGACCUCGGCCUCGCAGUCGCGAUCGCGGUCGCGGCCAGCACCGUCCGACAAUGUGCCAGCAAGUAGCCAGGCCGAAAGCAGCACACAGUGCAUCAGUUCGGCGUCGCACACCGAGACUGACUCGGGCUCGGGCUCGAGCUCGGCCGCCGAGUCGGACUCGGGAAGCUCGGGAAGCUUGAUGGUGGGUGGCGUUGGCGGGACGCCACGGUUAGACUCGGGCGACACAUCGUUCUCUAAGUCGGCACCGAUGGUGACGACGCCGGUGGCACCGGGCAAUGGUGGUGGCGGUGACAAUGGCAUGAUCUUCGGCUCGGGAAUAGCCUACGCCUCAAUCCCGUCGCCCGGCCAGCCGUUGAGCGGCUUUGUGAGUAGCAGCUACGCACAAGGCUCCGGGACAGCGGCCAUGGCAGCGGCGGAGGAGGUCAGGGUCAGGGCACGUGCCAAGGCCAAGGCCAAGGCCAAGGCCAAGGCCAAGGCCAAGGCCAAGGCCAAAGCCAAAGCCAAAGCCAAGGCGCGGGCUAAGAAGCGGGCCAAGAAGCGGGCCAGGCAGCAGCGGGCCAAGAAGAAGGCGCGGCAAGCGCAUGUCAAGGCCAAGGCGCAGGCGCUGGUCUCAACUGGCGGAUACGAUUCUAGGUCGGCAGCCGAGCUGGCUGUGGCCGAGGAGCUGUCGCGAGCGCGGAAGCUUAAGCUUAAGCGCAAACUCAAGCGCAAGCGCAAGCUCAAGCGCAGGCUGGCAGCACUUGAAAAGCGCGACCGCAAAAAGUGGAAGAAGCUAGUCAAGAAAGCUGCACUGUCGAGCGAGUCGUACUCGUUGUACACCUCGUCAACCUCGUCAAGUCUGACGUUCUCAUCGUCGUACUCGUCGUACUCCAGUGUAUCGGUAUCGUCGCCUUCCGAGGGAAACGCGCAGCCGUGGGCACUCAACGAGACCACGCCAUCGUCGAUGGCAACGCAUCCAACGACUCGAGUUGAUUCAGUGGGCAAGAACUCGGUCGAUUGUCUGCUUUCAGUCUCGGACGACUGUGGGCACGCCAACAUCGUCGACAGUGGCCCGGUGCGGACAGUCAAGUUUGCGCCCGGGACACGCCAGGAGCGACAAGCCAAGGUCGAGACUGGAGUUUCCGGGGUGAGUCUACAUGCCAUACCUCCGCGUGGCAGGAGCAAGACCAAGGCCAAGGGCAAGGGCAAGGGCAAGGGCAAGUCCAAAGCCACAACCUCAAGCGGAAGCAGGGGAACGUCGUCGCGGUCGCAGUCACCGUCACCAUCGCGGACGUCGUCGCCGUCUCAGUCGCGGUCACGGUCUCCGUCGUGCUCGCCAUCGCGGUCGUCAAGCAAGACAGGAACGAUGGCAGGCAAGAGCAAGCGGCGGCCGCGGCGGACGUCGUCGUACAACCGUAUUUGUGACGGCAACGGUGACGAAAAGCGGAUGAAAGUCCUGCGGCAGGCGAUGGCCGGAGGCGAGAACGCGGCAAAGUCCGGCGGCGGAGCGAUUGUGGACCCGUUUGCCCUGCCGCGGCUCCGUGAUGCAGUGCGCGAGGCGGGUCGUGCGGCGGGCGAGCUGCCGCGAUUCUCGGCCAAGGCCCGGGUCCGAGUUGGCGCUGCCCAGCGGACGAGCGGGCUUGUUGCUGGCGGCACAUGGGACGGGCGUGAGCGGAGCGAGGAGCACGAGCUGGAGAUGGCCGGAUGGCCUGAGGUGAGUCGGAUUCUGCAGCGGACGGACGAAGUUUGCUGGGCGGGCAAUGUUGCAGCUCCGAUAGAGAUACUCCUCGGAGGGCUGGCGGCGUCGGUGACGAGCUCGCUGUCGGUGACGGCGGCGCUGGCGGGCGGUGACCUUGUGGCAUGCAAGACUCUAGCGACGUGUGCGGCGCCGCUGGCGCUCUACCUCGGAAGCGAUGUGGCGCGGACGAUGCUCACCGAUCAGCGCGGAAACGAGAGCGAGGAGGAAGACCACGCAGCCCAAGGCAUGAGCAGUACGGCCGAGACACGACGGCAGCGGCGGAGCGUGCGGCGGAGCGAUACCGCCGGCGUGUCGAUGACGCCGCGCGGAAGCGCGACGGUACGGACGCCGCGGGGGUCAGAGGUUGGCGAGGCAGCGUCGCCUGUGGUGUUCAAGUUGGCGUCGGCGUUUAUCGCCAACACGCCUGCGGUGCAGCUCGAGGAGAGCCUCCGGCGGAGCAGCGUGGUGCGGUUGCUGGAGCAUGCACUGACUGCUACGGUCCAUGUUGCAGUCGGCCCGCUUGCAAUGAGCACGCAUCCACCUGCGCUUAGCUCGCCCGAUGCGAUGAGCAUGGGCGAGAGCGCCGAGGUGACAGCACUCUCGCCGCCGUUGGUGGCGCUUGCGGCGUCUGGGGUGCAAGACGGCAGUGCAGUGCGGAUGGCUGAGGGCGUGGAUACGCGGGCGCGGGCGCGGGCGGUGUACGAGGGCAUCAUGGGGCGGAGCGUGGUGGAGAUCGGCAGCUACCGGAUCUACGGGCAAUCGAGCCCAGGCAUGCGCCAAACAUCGUUCCGCGUCGGGUCGUGGCGCGAGAUGGAGGAGCUCAUGGGAGUGGUGGCGCCGGUGGACCGGGCGAGCGACAUGGAUCUGGCGCUCACCGGGCUUGCGGGGCUCUACGCCGACGCGGUGGCGAUCGCGGUGGAGGCCGAGUCGCUUGCGGUGGGUGGGGUGGAGGUGCAGCUGCUGCUGGACGACGACUUGGCGUUUGUGCUCGGAGCCAAGCCGGCGUCUGAGGCUGCGGGCGUGAUGUCGCCGGUCACGGUUGCGGUGACGAUUUCGCCAGCAGGCGGCGAGGCCAUGGGCGAUAGCGUGGUCAGCCGGGUCCGAACAGCGGUGGUUGAGAGCGUGGCGCACGCACUCAUCACCACUGCGGUGGCAGUCAGCUUUGAGAUUGCCGGCGUCGAGCAGAGCGGCAGCGAUGGGACGCCUAAUGUGCGGGUGACGCGGCCAAAGAUGGGGAGGUAAAGGGGAGUGCCUGA